AUGUGCAGUUGCAUUGAGGAAGGUUGCUCGGUGGAAGAGAUCGUCCAGAUCCAAGAGAAGCUGGAGCAUGACGAAGGCCGCCUCAAGGACGAGAUCAGAAAGCUGCAGGCGGAGCGGGAGGGCCACGAGGAAGUGUCCUACGAGGGCAUUGGCCUUCUCCGGCUGUCGCUAAGCAGAAUCCACAGUCUGAACAACAAGCUCCGCGCCAUGCUCGACGUUCACAGCCAGAACUUCAAGAAGGAGUUUGGAGCCUAUCUCGCCUUUGGCAACAGCGAGACCGGCGGGUUCCUGAAUUUGGUUGAGCCUCAAGCUGCUUGA